AUCACAGCCAAGACAGUUCAACGACUCCUGCCAGUGCGCAAUGCGUCGGGCGGAAAGGCAGCAAUGGUGGCGAUGAGAUGAGAACACUCUCUCUGUUCUGUGUCGGGGAGAGAAAUCAAUCACCGAAAAGUACACAACCUGAAUUCCGCAGCUGAACACAAAAUUUAGCUGAUCUCAUACUCGCAAUCUCACAAACCCUAACGGUUGGGAACCAAUCCGGCGGUAGAAAUGGACAUUCUGUUCUCUCAGAUCCAAGCGGACCUUCGUUCCAACGACGCCCUGCGCCAAUCGGGCGCUCUCCUCCAGGCCCUGCAGCAGUCCGCCGCCGGCCGCGACAUCUCCAUCAUCGCCAAGUCCGCCGUGGAAGAGAUAGUCGCCUCGCCGGCCUCCGCCGUCUCCAAGAAGCUCGCGUUCGACCUCAUCCGAUCCACUCGACUCACCCCUGACCUUUGGGAAACCGUGUGCACUGGCAUCCGGACCGAUCUCGACUUUCCUGACCCCGAUGUUACUGCCGCUGCCGUCUCCAUCCUCGCCGCCAUCCCUUCCUACCGCCUUGGGAAGCUCAUUGCCGACUGCAACAAGCAAAUCUCCAACUGCUUCGACUCCCCGAGCGACAAUUUGCGGUUUUCCAUCACCGAGACUCUUGGUUGCAUUCUGGCGAGGGACGAUCUCGUGACUCUGUGCGAGAAUAAUAUGAAUUUGUUGGAUAGGGUUUCGGUGUGGUGGACUAGGAUUGGGCAGAACAUGCUGGACCGAUCCGACGCGGUCUCGAAGGUCGCUUUUGAGUCGGUGGGGAGGUUGUUUCAGGAGUUCGAGUCGAAGAGAAUGAGCCGUUUGGCAGGUGAUAAGCUUAUUGACAGUGAGAAUUCAGUUGCAAUUCGGUCGAAUUGGGUCUCCUCAAUGAUUGAUUUCGUUUGGAGGAAGCGCAACGCGUUGAUGGCCAGAUCGUUGAUUCUACCAGUCGAGAGUUUCAGGGCGACGGUGUAUCCGUUAGUUUAUGCAGUGAAGGCAGUGGCUUCAGGUUCAGUGGAGGUUAUUCGGAAGCUCUCAAUGUCUAGAACUGCCAACAGCCACGAUUUGGACUCCAAUGCAGAGAAACUCGUGGGAGUAUCUGAUGUUGUUUCGCAUUUGGCACCAUUUCUGGCAUCGUCACUGGAACCAGCAUUGAUUUUUGAGGUGGCGAUUAACAUGUUAUACUUAGCUGAUGUUCCUGGAGGGAAGACUGAGUGGGCCUCGCAGUCGAUUAUUGCAAUUCUCACACUUUGGGACAGGCAAGAAUUUUCAUCAGCUCGAGAAAGUAUUGUCAGAGCCGUUGUCACGAAUCUACACCUCCUUGAUCUUAAUAUGCAGGUUUCAUUGUUUAGAAGGUUGCUGAUCAUGGUGAGAAACUUGAGAGCAGAAUCAGACCGCAUGCAUGCUUUAGCAUGCAUCUGUCGGACUGCUCUUUGUGUUGACCUUUUUGCAAAGGAAAGUGUUCGAAGAGGCCAAAAACCUCUUCCAGGAACUGAUAUUGCUUCACUCUUUGAAGAAGCAAGAAUAAAAGAUGAUCUCAACAGCACCACAAGUAAAAGUUUAUUCAGAGAAGAAUUGGUCGCUACACUUGUCGAAAGCUGUUUCCAGUUGUCCUUACCACUGCCUGAACAAAAGAAUUCAGGUAUGGAGAGCAGAGUUAUUGGAGCAUUAGCAUAUGGAACUGGCUAUGGAGCAUUAAAUUGGACAGAGCCUGCUUUGGAAGUUGUGGAAGUGUGUAGGCCAUGCGUUAAAUGGGAUUGUGAGGGUCGAACAUACGCCAUUGAUUGUUAUUUGAAAUUGUUGGUUAGGCUUUGCCAUAUUUAUGAUACCAGGGGAGGUGUUAAAAGAGUCAAAGAUGGUGCCUCUCAGGAUCAAAUUAUGAAUGAAACACGGUUACAGAAUUUGCAACGUGAACUUGUGAAAGAUCUGCGCGAGGUGAACACCCCUAGAAUUUGUGCCCGCCUUUUAUGGGCUAUUUCAGAGCACAUUGACUUAGAAGGUUUGGACCCACUUCUUGCUGAUGAUCCAGAGGACCCGCUGAACAUUAUUAUAUCAAAUGUACACAAGGUUUUGUUUAACAUAGACGCAGCUCCAACUUCAACAAAUAGGCUUCAGGAUGUUCAGGCUGUUCUUCUUUGUGCUCAGCGGUUGGGAUCACGUCAUGCUAGGGCAGGGCAAUUGCUGAUCAAAGAGUUGGAAGAGUUCAGAAAUGGUGGCUUAGCUGAUUCUGUCAAUAAGCAUCAGUGCCGCCUAAUAUUACAGAGGAUUAAAUAUGUUACCAACCACCAUGAAAGCAAGUGGGCUGGGGUUAGCGAGGCCAGAGGAGAUUACCCAUUUAGUCACCACCAAUUAACUGUGCAAUUUUAUGAAGCAUCUGCAGCUCAGGACCGAAAGUUGGAAGGAUUAGUUCACAAGGCUAUUCUGGAACUCUGGAGGCCUGACCCCAGUGAAUUAACUCUUUUGUUGGCAAAAGGAAUAGAUUCUAAGUUACUUAAGGUUCCACCAAUUGCAAAUACUUUGACUGGUAGUAGUGACCCUUGUUAUGUCGAAGCAUAUCAUUUGGCAGACUCAAGUGAUGGAAGGAUUACUCUGCACUUAAAGGUUCUAAAUUUGACAGAAAUUGACCUCAACAGGGUGGAUAUCAGGGUAGGGUUAUCUGGUGCAUUGUACUUCAUGGAUGGAUCUCCUCAAGCAGUUAGGCAGCUGCGUAAUCUUAAUUCACAGGAUCCAGUACUGUGUAGUGUGACUGUUGGUGUCUCCCAUUUUGAGAGGUGUGCCCUCUGGGUUCAAGUCUUGUACUACCCCUUCUAUGGAAGUGAAUCAGUAGAUUAUGAAGCGGACUAUGCUGAAGAAGAUCCACAGGUUACGAGACACAAAAGAAACCUGAGGCCAGAAACAGGAGAGCCUGUUAUAUUGAGAUGUCAGCCUUACAAGAUUCCACUGACUGAACUUCUUCUACCACAUAAAAUCUCACCUGUGGAGUACUUCCGCCUAUGGCCUAGUUUACCUGCUGUAGUGGAAUACACUGGUACUUACACAUAUGAAGGAAGUGGGUUUAUGGCUUCUGCUGCACAGCAAUAUGGCGCUUCUCCUUUUCUAAGUGGGCUGAAAUCUCUAUCUUCAAAGCCUUUCCAUAAAGUUUGCUCACACGCCAUCCGGACUGUUGCUGGGUUCCAGCUUUGCUUUGCUGCAAAAACCUGGUACGGAGGAUUCCUCGGCAUGAUGGUUUUUGGUGCCAGUGAAGUGAGCAGGAAUGUGGAUUUAGGUGACGAGACAACAACUAUGAUAUGCAAAUUUGUGGUCCGAGCUUCUGAUGCAUCAAUCACAAAAGAGAUUGGAUCCGAUCUUCAGGGUUGGUUGGACGACCUCACAGAUGGUGGCGUCGAGUACAUGCCUGAAGAUGAAGUUAAGGUGGCUGCUGCUGAGAGGCUACGGAUCUCUAUGGAGAGGAUAGCCUUGCUAAAGGCAGCCCAAGCUCCUCCCAAGACUCCAAAAUCUGACGAAGAAGAAGAGGAAGAGGACGAGGAAGACGAGGAUGGAAAGAAGAAAGAAAAUGGCGAAAAAGAUGGCAAGCCCAAGGGACCUUCUACACUGUCGAAAUUGACUGCAGAGGAAGUGGAGCAUCGAGCCCUUCAAUCAGCAGUUCUGCAGGAAUGGCACAUGCUUUGUAAGGACAGAAGCGCUAAAGUUAAGUAGCUUCAUUUGGUUAUCAUAAUUUUUUCUUUCUUUUUGUCGUCCAGUUUCUGUGUAUUCUUUGUACUUUCAUUAUUAUUAGUCUUUUUUGUUGGGUUCUUUUUGGCCCAUUCUAUCCGGUACUUGGUUGAUCUGAAGAUAAGAAGAGUGCUAGUAUUGUUGUUUUUCAA